UUAAAUAUCCUCCUCAAAUUUGCACCCUCAUUUUCUCCCGCAAGUUUAUCUUUCGAACGCAUUUUUUCUCUUCGUUGUAGUUGUUCAUCAUCGUUCCUCGUCGUUGGCCAUUCAUGGUCGUUCAUUGUGAGUUCCUCAUCUCCCAUAAGGUUGAAGGCACCGGGUUCGUUUUCGUCUUCGGCGCUGCUGUUCUCGACGGUUACAACCACCACUGCUUCAACAGUGGGCACCGGGAGCACGACCUUGUCGCUGUCUGUGCAUGCGUUUGGUGCUUUUGCGGGUUUGUUUUUGUCUUCGCCAUCGCCAUCACUGUUCUCGACGGUGACAACCACCACUGCUACAACCGUGGGAACCAGGAGCACGACCUUGUCGCCGUCUGUGCUUGCCUUUGGUGCUUUUGCGGCUUCUUCUGCUACUGGAGCCAAAUGCAAAGAAGGGAGGUGAACUAAUUUUUGGAGGUGUUGAUCCAAAACACGUCAAAGAAAAUGAUACAUAUGUGUUCCAAUUACUAAAAAAGGUUGCUCGCAAGUUAGCAAAACAAAAUUUAGUUUGAUUAGGAUUUCUCUUUAAAUGUAUAUUUUAUCAUGAAAAAGCUCACAUGAAUAUUUUAUUUUUCAGAUUAAAAUGGUAGAUUUUUUCAUGGUAGAUCUCUCAAUUGGAUGACUUCAUUGUUCUUCAAUGCUAAGAUAGUUUCAGUUGUCUUUUGGGGAGUCAUUUGGAAACAAGUGAUUGAAUGAAAGGUCUUUUAGAAUAUUAUUAAGGAGCAAAUUUCGGGUGUAUUUUCAAUGUCUCACAAUGUAGUAUAUUUUAAGGAUAUAUAUGAUGAUUUGAGUAAAACAUUA